AUAAGAAUUAUCUGUACAUUUUUGUUCUGGAAGUGAACUUCUCCUGUAACUAAUGUUAACUAAUGAACCGUAUUGUAAAGUGUUACCAAUUCAUAUAGUUGAAUCCAUGUUGAAUGCACAAUUUGACAAAAUUGCAUAUAAAGACUGAUUUGUUACGGUCGUUUUUCCCUAAAAUCAUUUUCAUGAUUUUUCACAACACUAAUGUUUAUACCUUUAAUGUGUAAAACCUUUUUAAUUACCAAAAAAUGAAAGAGCAACUUCAGAGCAAUAAAAAAUCCUCUGGGCUUUUCCAAAAGCAAGACCUGUGUUUAUAAUGCCAGACGCUUCACUAACUCCUCACUGAAGAGCUGGUAAAUGAUUAGGAGUAGCUUUAUGCUAAUAAGCAUAAGCCCUGCGGGCGAUGAAAUUCCACAGGCGGGACGGAGCAAAACACGUCUCAAUCUCUUGCACUCACAGACAAGCGCAGGCAACGUCUGCUACAUAACACGAAACUGCCUGCCCAACAGAAAGCAGGCACCUCAGAUUGUGUACGUUUCAUGCUUUGACUGUCUAAUCUAAUGCCUGGACGUUUGUUUGUGCCGCUCGAAGAAUGACAUUGCAAACAGGCAAUGGCGCUGCGAUGGCUAUGGAUGUUAGUACCAUGGAGAGGAGGUUGGAACCCACGCUCAAAAUCACCCGGACAAGAGGAGGAACGACAUGUUCGAGCCAACGAUCGUGACUACAAUGAGAGGUUCAGUUAUGCUGACAAUCGCAUCAAGACAGCAAAAUACAACGUUUUCACCUUCCUGCCCAUUAACUUGUUCGAACAGUUUCAGCGUUUUGCGAACGCCUACUUCCUAGUGCUGCUGAUUCUGCAGUUAAUUCCAGAAAUCUCCUCUCUUUCGUGGUUCACCACCAUUGUGCCUUUGGUGUUGGUGUUGGCUAUCACAGCUGUCAAAGAUGCUACUGAUGACUAUUUCCGCCAUAAAAGUGAUCAACAAGUCAACACCCGGCAGUCUCAGGUACUCAUCAAAGGAAAGUUGCAGAAUGAGAAGUGGAUGAAUGUACGAGUGGGUGAUGUCAUCAAACUCGAGAACAAUCAGUUUGUUGCUGCUGACCUUCUCCUCCUCUCUAGCAGUGAGCCCUAUGGACUGUGCUAUAUCGAGACUGCGGAGCUUGACGGAGAGACCAACCUGAAGGUGCGCCAAGCCUUGACUGUAACCUCAGACCUCGGGGAUGAUGUUGCGAAGCUUGCAGACUUUAAUGGGGAAGUCAUCUGCGAGCCACCCAACAACAAACUGGACAAGUUCUUGGGGACACUGUACUGGAAAGAUAACAAGUACCCACUGGACAAUGAGAAGAUGCUCCUGAGAGGCUGCGUUCUCCGUAACACCGAGUGGUGUUUCGGCUUGGUUAUCUUCGCAGGACUUCAAACCAAGCUGAUGCAAAACUGUGGGAGGACGAAGUUCAAACGGACCAGCAUCGAUAAACUGAUGAACACCUUAGUUCUGUGGAUCUUUGGAUUUCUCAUUUGUAUGGGGAUUAUAUUGGCUAUUGGAAACACUAUUUGGGAGCAGAAAGUUGGCAGCAACUUUUGGGAGUAUCUUCAGUGGAAGCAGCUCACCAUUAACGCGGUCUUCUCUGGCUUUUUGACCUUCUGGUCAUACGUUAUCAUCCUCAACACUGUCGUGCCCAUCUCACUAUAUGUUAGUGUAGAGGUUUUGCGGCUGGGCCAUAGUUACUUUAUAAACUGGGACAGACGAAUGUACUACAGCCGUAAGGACACUACUGCCGAGGCGCGGACCACCACCCUCAACGAGGAGCUGGGCCAGGUGGAGUUCAUCUUCUCAGACAAAACAGGCACCCUCACCCAAAACAUCAUGGUGUUUAAUAAGUGCUCCAUCAAUGGGAAAACCUAUGGUGAAGUUUAUGACGAUUUUGGGCAUAAAGUGGAUAUUACAGAGAAAACACCGUGUGUAGAUUUCUCCUUCAACCCACUGAUGGACCGGAAAUUCCGUUUCCAUGACAGCAGCUUGAUCGAGGCCAUCAAGCUGGAAGAGCCUCUGGUGCAGGAAUUCUUCCGUCUGUUAGCGCUCUGCCACACCGUCAUGCCAGAAGAGAGAAAUGAGGGGGAGCUGGUGUAUCAGGCACAGUCUCCGGAUGAAGGAGCCCUGGUUACUGCUGCACGCAACUUUGGAUUCGUAUUUCGGUCCAGAACGCCUGAAACCAUCACUUUAUAUGAGAUGGGUCAGGCGGUCACCUAUCAGCUACUGGCUAUCUUAGACUUCAACAAUGUACGGAAGAGAAUGAGCGUUAUUGUGAGGAACCCAAAGGGGCAGUUAAAGCUUUACUCAAAAGGAGCCGACACAAUACUCUUCGACAGGCUGGACCCGUCUAAUGAAGAGCUUAUGUUUACUACCUCAGAGCACCUUAAUGAGUUCGCCGGGGAGGGUUUGAGAACAUUAGCGCUGGCGUACAAAGACCUGGAUGAAGACGUGUUUGACGAAUGGAUGAAGAAACUGCUGUUUGCCAGCACGGCACUGGAGAACAGAGAAGAAAAACUCGGGGCUCUGUAUGAAGAAAUAGAACAGGGAAUGAUGCUGCUUGGUGCUACAGCCAUAGAGGACAAACUUCAGGAAGGAGUUCCAGAGACUAUUGCCUGUCUGACCUUGGCCAACAUCAAGAUCUGGGUUCUCACCGGGGACAAACUAGAGACGGCAAUGAAUAUCGGCUACUCCUGUAACAUGCUCAGAGACGACAUGAACGAGGUGUUUAUAAUCUCAGGACACACCAUGCUUGAGGUUCAACAGGAGCUCAGGACGGCUAAGGAGAGAAUCAUGGGACCCAGCAAAGACAAAUUCAGCAGUGGCCUUGACAUGGAAAAGACAGAAUUGUACUCAAGUGACUCUGUCUUUGAAGAGACCAUCAUCGCAGAGUAUGCUUUAAUCAUCAAUGGACACAGUCUGGCUCAUGCCCUGGAGGCAGACCUGGAGCAGAUCCUGGUGGACGUUGCGUGUCUGUGUAAGACGGUCAUAUGCUGUCGGGUCACUCCACUGCAGAAAGCUCUGGUGGUUGAGCUCAUAAAGAGACACAAGAGAGCUGUAACCCUUGCCAUCGGAGAUGGAGCCAAUGACGUCAGUAUGAUUAAAACGGCCCACAUUGGCGUGGGCAUCAGCGGACAGGAGGGGAUGCAGGCAGUGUUGGCCUCUGACUAUUCCUUCGCCCAGUUUCGCUACCUGCAGCGUCUCCUGCUCGUCCACGGCCGCUGGUCCUACCACCGCAUGUGCAAUUUCCUCUGCUACUUCUUUUACAAGAACUUCGCCUUCACACUGGUUCAUUUCUGGUACGGAUUCCUCUGUGGAUUUUCUGCCCAGACAGUAUAUGACCAGUGGUUCAUCACACUCUUCAACAUCGUCUACACCUCACUUCCUGUUCUGGCCAUGGGUCUGUUUGACCAGGACGUGAACGAGCAGUACAGUUUACGCUAUCCAAACCUGUACAGACCUGGGCAGCUGAACCAGCUCUUUAACAAAAGGAAGUUCUUCACCUGUACGCUGCAUGGGGUCUGUACUUCUUUUAUCCUCUUCUUCAUCCCAUACGGAGCCUUCAUGACCGCUGUGCGGGAUGACGGCGCCCACAUCUCUGAUCAACAGGCUUUUGCGGUAACCAUAGCAACCUCUUUGGUCAUUGUGGUCAGUGUCCAGAUUGGGCUUGACACCAACUACUGGACUGCUGUGAACCACUUCUUUAUAUGGGGAAGUCUAGCUGUUUACUUUGCAAUCCUUUUUGCAAUGCACAGUGAUGGCAUUUUUACCAUAUUCCCAAAUCAGUUUCCUUUUAUAGGUACUGCACGUAACUCUCUGAAUCAGAAGAUUGUGUGGCUGGUCAUCCUCCUCACCACAGUCGUGUGUAUAAUCCCCAUGGUGGCUGUCCGCUUCAUCAAGGCUGACCUCUAUCCAACGCAGACUGACAAGGUGCGUUUACUUCAGCAGGCUUCUAGGAGGCAGGGUCCUCAAGAGCAGAACCUCAGGAGAGUCCGCAGGACGAGUUCUCGGCGCUCGGCGUACGCUUUCGCCCACCAGCAGGGAUACGGAGAACUCAUCACCUCCGGCAAGAACAUGAAGGUACCCACAUCUUCUACUUCCACAUACCCACUAUCCUCGCCCGCAAGAUGCACCAGCUUGGUGAAAAACAGCAGGGUGGGCGAAACCACCAAUGCGGCAGAGACCAACAGCACUGGAUUUAGGAGGGAAAGUGACCAAAACCAAGAGGUAACGGUGGAAGAUUUGGAAGCCAGAUGAAGGAGCGUUUUUCUUCUUUUACUGGAAGAAGAGGAAUUAGCGCCCGUCUUUAAUGUGAGAAAACGAUAAUGGUUUGUGAGGAGACACACUCUGGGCUCCCAGAGACGCCCGUGGGCACGACUAGACUAUGGGAGGGCUAGACAUGCACAGGAGACUCCAAAGAGCCAGCACAAUGAAGCACAGAUAACACUCAUUUUCUCAUGCAAAUCUGCUCCCGUCUCACAAGGCAUCUGUUUGAAUUUGAAAAUGAACCUCUGAUUCAGUUCGAUUUCAUUUUGUAUUUUCACCUCUUCUGGCACAAAUUCAAGUUCCAUGUUUUCUCAGAAAAAGCACCAUUUUUGUAUUUCAACUUUUAGGAACUUGCUUACAGGCAUUUGCAUGGAAGCUUGUUUCUGCUACAGGAUAAAACUUUUUUUUUUUCUUGCAAUUCUGACUUUUUCCUCAUAAUUUUGUGUUUUUAUAUCACAAUUCUGUCUUCUUUUCUCACAACGCAAAUUUUCGGAUGAAAGUCAGAAUUGUGAGAUAUUUUCUUGCAAUUACAAGAAACAAAAAGUAAAAAUUUAGAAAUAUAGAUGCGUGUAAAAUGGAAUUUUGAAAUGUAAACAGAAUUCUGAGAAAAAGUUAAAAUUGCGAGAAAAAGAAUUCUGAGCUUAUAUUGUACAAUUCUGUCUUUUCUUGUAAUUGUGAUAAAAAAAAAGUCAGGAUUGUGAGAUGUUAACUCACAAUUGUGAGAUACAAAUUCAGUUCUCUGAAGGAAAGUCGGAAUUGUGUGAUAUUAUCUUGCAAUUACAAGAAAAAAGUACAAAUUUUGUGAUAAAGCUGCAGUUAUUGAUUUAUUUUUUUUAAUUCUGUGACAAAAAAAAGGAGUAGCGAAAUGUAAACCUAGAAUUUAGAGAAAAAAGUCAAAAUUAUGAGAUAUACUGAAUUUUUUCCCCAUAAUUCAGACUUGAAUUUCUUGGAAUUCUGAGCUUACAUCUCACAAUUCUGUCUUCUUUUCUCACAAUUGUGAGAAAAAAGUCAGAAUUGCAAGAUUUUAAGAUACAAACUCAGUUCUUUGGGGAAAAGUCGGAAACUGUACGAUAUUAUUUUGCAAUUACAAGAAAAAAGUACAAAUUGUGAAAAUGCUGCAGUUAUCCUUUUUAUUUUCAGUUUCAUGCCAGCAAAAAAAGGAAUUGUGAAAUGUAAACGUCGAAUUCUGAGAAAAAGUCAAAAUUGCAAGAUAUAAACUUAGAAUUGCAAGAAAUUUUUUUUUUUGAGUUUAUAUCUUAAAAUUCUGAAUUUUUACUUGAAGUAGUGAGGUUACAUCUCACAAUUCUGUCUUCUUUUCUCACAAUUGUGACAAACUCAAUUCUCUGAAGAAAAGUCAGAAAUUGAGAUAUUAUUUCGCAAUUACAUGGAAAAAGUACAAAUUGUAAGAUGAAGCCGCAGCUACCCUUUUUAUUUUUAAUUCCCUGAGGAAAUAAAAUGGAAUUGUGAAAUGUAAACCUAAAAUUCUGUGAAAAAAAGUCAAAAUUCCGAGAUAUAAACUCAGUAUUCCGAGAAAAAGAAUUUGUAUCCUGAAAUUCUGAGAUAAAGCUGCAGUUACCUUUUUUAUUUUUGAUUCCAUGAUGAAAGAACUGAAUUUUGAAAUGUAAACCUAGCAUUCUGAGAAAAAAAGUCAAAACUGCUAUAUAGACGUUGAAUUGUGAGGAAAAAGAAUUCUACGUUUAUAUCUUGAAAUUCUGACUAUUUUCUCACAAUUCUGACAUUUUCCUUUGAAUUCUAAGCUUACAUCUCACAAUUUUGUCUUGCAAUUGUGAGAAAAAAAAGUGAAUUGUGAGAUGAGGCUGCACUUGACUUUUUUAUUUUGAAUUACAUUAACAAAAUGGAACUGCGAAAUGUAAACUUAAAAUUCUGAGAAAAAAACAAGUCAAAAAUGUGAUAAUUUUCUUGCAAUUCUAAAAGGUAGAAUUGCAAGAUUUUAACUCGCUGCUAUGAGAUACAAACUCAAUUCUAUGAAGAAAAGUCAGAAAUUGUAAGAAAUUAUCUCCGAGUUAUAAGAAAAACAUACAAAUUGUGAGAUAAAGCUGCAGUUACCUUUUCUAUUGUUAAUUACAUUAAGAAAAAAAAUGGAAUUGCAAAACUUAAAAUUCUGAGGAAAAAAAGUCAAAAUUGUCAUAAUUAAAUAAGAUAAAUGGUAGAAUUGCAAGAUUUUAAGUCACAACUGUGAGAUAUAAAAUCAAUUCUUUGAAGAAAAAUCAAAAAUUGUAAGAUAUUAUCUUGGAGUUACAAGAAAAACACAAAUUGUGAGAUAAAGGUGCAGUUGCUUUUUUGUCUAUAAUUUUAUUGUGAAAAAAAAACAAUUGCGAAAUGUAAACCUAUAAUUCUGAGAAAAAAAGUCAAAAUUGCAAGAUAUAAAUUUAGAAUUUAUUUAAAUUUAAAUUUUAUAUAAAGUUUAUUUCUUGAAAAUCUGACUUUUUCCCCUCACAAUUCUGACUUUUUUCUUUGGAAUUCUGAGCUUACAUCUUACAAUUCAGUUUUUCUCUCCUGGAUAAAAAAAAAAAGAUCAGAAUUGUGAGCUCAAAAGUCGCAUGCAUCCGUUUACAUUUUUUAUCCCGUUGCAGAAACAGCCCAAGGCACCAGAAACACUAAAUCAAACCUGAGUUUACGUUCAACAAAUGACAUAGGCAUAAGGGAGCAAAUAUGUACAAGUGUGUGAAAUAAUACCUCUUAUUUUCUUAAAAACACUGAUACAGCCAUCCACAGUGGUUUAGGAUUAUAAAUGCAUCGCGUAUUAAAUAUGGCUAUGUUUAAAGACCAGUUGCAUCUCAGAUAUCUAUACUCAGUUUACUAAAAUGCACCCAAAUGCAUCAAGCUACUAAAUGAGUAGUAACAAUUAAGAUUGUCUGAUAUUGAUGCCGCAGAGAACAAGCACUGGCUGUAAAUCUUGUUGGCGUUGGCAAAGCUCGCUCUAGCUUUUUGUCAAUUAAAUAGUUUUAAAAAGCCAAAUUUGAUUUUUUUUUAAAAAUAACAAAAGUGUAAAAACAUUUCACACUUGGUUAUAAUUCAAAGUAGUUAGUGCUUUUGCAUGCAGCUCAGCGAACUGAGAAUAGUGAGUUUCUACGCAGUCGUGCCUUCAUCAAGCGAUAGACUGAAGCAUUUACACGUUUCAACUUCUAGAAUUCCACAUGUGUUUAAUACAAAGGUCUAUAAAGUGGGCAUUUCAGAAAGGAUUUUUGUGCCUUUUUGUUUUCCUUUCAUUAAAGGAAGUACUUUAAGUUCUAUCGAGUCGAAUGUGUUGCCAUUGUUUUUUUCCGAUCGUAUCAGUUUUUUCAGGUUGUUCAUCGCCCUCAUUGACUACAUCAGGGUAGGUUGUAUUUUUUUUAUUAUUUAUUUGACGAAGGGGGUCGUGUAACAUUUCCUGUUCAUGAAUGUACAGUUAACAUGUUCAUUAAUGUUACGUUCGAUAUAUUUAUGAUGAAUGUAUAAGAUUUUCUGCUGUGCUAUUUUGUCAACAAAGACCAUGCAGAUUGUUUAUCGUUUUUAAUUUAAAUGCAUGGAUUUUUAUACAAGUCAUUGUAAUUUUUUAUAUGAUAUGCAUUAAAUGGCCAUUGUUUAAUUUA